ACAGCCCCGCCCGUUUCCUUUCAGGGGAAAGUCAGCUAUUUUUUUAGAUGACAUCCAUGUGUUUUUAGCUGUUAGCCGUUGCUGCUUUGUAACUUUCAGGUAACUUUUUCGUGUGAAAGUGUGUGAACUUCAGGCGGCGGACAGGAACAAUUAUCGCGCCGUUGAAAGAUGUCACUGGGUGGUUCUUCUGUGGCUGUUGUGCAACUGCAAGGGGGUCAGUUACAGGUUCAAGGAGUAAUCCAAUCGGCACAGUCGUCAGUCAUUCAGUCCCCACAGCAGCAAAUUGUACAGGUCCAGGGUACAGAUAGUGAAGACUCUCAGGACUCAUCAGACAGCGGAGUAACAACCCAAAAGACCAGAGAAAUACUUGCAAGAAGACCAUCGUACAGGAAAAUCCUGAAUGAGCUUUCCUCUGAGGAGGUUGCACACAUCGAAGCAAAGGACAGCAGUCCCGCAUCUACAGGAGGGACAGGUGUUACAGUACCAACCACACAAAUCUAUCAAACCAACAGCGGCCAAUACAUUACCAUCGCUCCAAAUGGGGCAAUCCAGCUGGCAUCUCCAGGCUGUGAAGGCAUUCAGGGACUGCAGACUGUCGCUAUGGCCAACUCUGGAGGGGGACAGCAGGGCACCACCAUCCUUCAGUAUGCUCAGACGCCUGACGGCCAGCAAAUACUUGUGCCUAGCAAUCAAGUCGUUGUACAAGGAGCGGGAGGAGAAGUCCAAACAUAUCAGAUCCGCACAGCCCCCACAUCUGCUUCUCUCUCUCAGACUGUUGUCAUGACUUCUCCUGUUGGACUCUCCCAGACUAAAAGUGAUGAUCCAACACUCAAAAGAGAAAUCAGGCUCGCUAAGAACAGAGAGGCAGCUCGAGAAUGUCGGCGGAAGAAAAAGGAAUAUGUCAAAUGCCUGGAAAACCGCGUAGCAGUGCUUGAGAACCAAAACAAGACUUUGAUUGAAGAACUCAAAACCCUGAAGGAUCUUUACUGUGUUAAAACAGGAUAACGGGCUUCAGAAAGAGCCUUUUUGAGUGUGAACGUGGCACAGAUCUACCAUGUGGACGUGACAAGGUUUCUGGGAACACUUGGUUUCACUCAGAUCAUGUUUUUUUAUCUACUCGGUUUGAUAUAAAAGUGACUUAAGGCAGUAAGAAUUAAAUGUGCAAAUAAACCAAUUGGCCAUUUUUCCAACUGCUGUUUUAUACAGAGAAAUGCUAGUGCUAUGUCUGAUUUUUAGUUGUGUAUAUUGGGAGGUUUGAAAUUGUGAGCUUUAACUUUUCAGUCCAAGUUUUCAUUUGCAUCCCUUGUCCUGUUUUAUUUUUUUGUCCAUAUUGUUUCCAUGUUGCUGUAGCCUCUGCAGAAUUCUGACUGUAUGAUUCUCAAUGACAUCAUUUCUCUUCUGUUAUGUCAGCCAACAAUUCCCCCAGUUUACCAUUUCGAUGUUACAGCUGCCAUUCCUUAACUGUGUGCAAUGGAUCAUUAAGGGGAAGGGGAAAGAUGAUGGGACGGGUGAUUUGUUGGGGUUUUACUUGGCAGUUACUUAGACAAUCAGGGAAAAAGCACAGUGUCCAGGUAAUAUUUAUUCUGUUCAUCUCGGGAUGAGUGGAAAAGAAGAACAAAAGUGUAUGAAAAGUUUCUGAUUCUGUGAGUAAAUAAAUCUAUUUUCGCUCAG